AUGGGACCUGAGCUCGGCAUGAUGGAGUUGUCAGAGGUUGAAUAUACAAACUUUCAGCACCUUAUCCAGGCUCAUAUGGAGGCACACAUUACCCCUUUAGAUUUGCCAAAUGCCAAAUCUCAUCCAGGUGCUACAGUGAUGGUUAAAGACACCACUGGAUCCACAGCACAAUCCCCCUUAGCAACCACUCAAGCUAUUGACCUUUCGACUUCAACUGAUGACUACAGUCUGAUGCCAGGAGAAAAGACACCAGUUUCCUUUGGAGAGGUCCCAGGUUUUGUGCUGGCCAGAGUCAGAGGAGAAGACAGCCAGAGUGAACCUUACUCCAACAGCAGCUCAUUUUCACAGAGAAAAUCUGUAUCUGCUGCUAGAGUUUGUUUGGAGAAGAGGUUUAACACCAUGUCUGCUGACACCCCAAGACAUCAAGAUAUCAAGUCGGCAGUUCUUAGCAAUUUUCUGACAAUGCUGCAGCAGUCUGCUGAGGCUCAAGAUGCAGUCAAACACCCUCAAAUGCGGUUUGAUGUUUCCAGCCCAUUUGUUGGGGGUGUAUUUACCCCAAUACCCAACAUGUGUGAACAAGUGAUUGGCCAUAUUCCUCACAUGAUUGAACCUAACAAGCACCAGGGUUUAAUCAUCCCAAAGAGUUUCUCAAUUAAUUUCUGCCCAGAGAGGGUUGGUGCAAAAUCUCAGUUCACCGGUGGCUGCAACUCAACAGAGGACCAGCUGUUGUUCAACAUAGAAAAUGAUGUGGUGACACGUACUGCCUUCAGGAAGCAGGAUAGUACCCAAAGUUCUCAACCUACAAAGGUUGCUUCGACUGACCCAGACUUCGCCGGAAAAUCAGGGAGCAGCACCAGGAAAAGGGCUCGACCCCACAUGUCACAUAUCCAGCGCAGGGAGAGACACAACAUUAAGGAGAGGGAACGCAGGAAGAGGAUCCGUUUGUACUGUGAUGAGCUGAACAUGCUGGUGCCAUUCUGUGAGUCGGAUACAGACAAAGUCACCACCCUGCAGAUGACCACUGCCUUCCUUAAACACAUCUAUAAAACAUAUGGAGACACCUUCAAAGAGGAUUUUCAGAGGGCUUUCUCUGAGGGCAAAGAGCACUUUCUGAAAUCCAGCCCUUCUUCAAGCAAGAACCCGAUCCAGCGGGAGAUGGACACGGUGCUGAGCAUCCCUCUUGGGGUAGAGCAAUGA